AUGGUCAAGAAGAUUGCGAGCCGCGAUGCCUGCGUAGGUGUGGCUGUAGCCCUCACGGCAUUUUCGGCUGUCGUCGUCAUCUUGCGCAUGUAUACAAGGGCUUUCAUCGUGCGGAAUAUUGGGCGAGAUGACUACACCAUGUUGGGCGCUUUGAUAGUUGUCAUGGGAUACCUGGCUGCUAUCUUUGUCAUUCGAGUUAACGGAAUGGGAUUUAGUGGACACGUCUUGACGCCCGAGCAAAUGGUCAAUCAACUCCAGACGACAGUAGCCAUUGAGAUCAUGUAUUAUUUUGCCAUCAACGCGAUCAAGGUGUCCAUACUAUUGUUCUAUCUUCGUAUAGCUGCGGCUAAAAGAUUUGAGCUUUCAUGCAAAGCCACCCUGUAUUUCCUGAUUGUGUUUUGUGUAGUCUGUAUCGUUUGCUGUCUGGUACAAUGCAUUCCACUGCACAAAAUGUGGGACUUCACGGGAAUGGUUCAAGGCCGCUGCAUCAACACUACAGCGCUGUUCUACACAACGAGCGCAGUCAACAUCCUCGUCGAUAUAUGGAUCCUUGUCCUUCCGAUCAAAACCUUGCUCAAGGUUCAACGGCCAACUCGCGAGAAAUUUGCCUUGGUCGCAAUCUUCAGCCUGGGAGUGAUCAGCUGCAUCGCGUCCAUUGUACGACUACAUUCCAUUCGUAUCUUCACAGAAUCCCGGGACCCCUUCUUGGACAGCGUUCCCGUCAAUCUCUGGAGCAUGGUCGAACUCAAUACCGGCAUCUUAUGCGCAUCGAUACCUUCUCUCAAGGCCCUCUUCUCCAGAGGACAAAGAGAACGCACCCAGAACGGCACAUAUCAUUUCCACAGUCGUGGCUUCAGCGGCGUCCAACCAAACAGUAAACGCAGUGAGCGCAUGUCUCCGAAAGCGGCUGGUGAAUCCGAGCUCGAGACUUAUAGUCUCAAAGAUGUUGAGAGAGGCGAGCGACCUGACUCGCAGCGCAGAGAACGGCAUGGUGGGGCGUGGCUUGUAUCGGCACAUGACUCGGAGGUUGACCAAACUGUUGUCCAACUGGAUCCUAGAGUCUGA